AAGACCGUUUUGAGUGGGGUCCGACACGCACAAAGUCGUUGGUCUCCUCUCUCUGGGUGUGCAACGUCCAGAAAAAAAAAAAAAAAAAAACAGCGCACUUUCUUCCUUCCUUGUAAAGGAAUUAUUGUUUAUCAAUCAAACAAACCCUAACUUUCGUUUGAUCUUUCAAAUCUCACAUCUAAAAACAAGAACGACAUUCGAUGAUUGUUGUUUCCGAAUAGGUCGAAAACAACAUAAGAGUCUCUCUUGUCGGCUUCGCUCUCUCGAUUAUCCGAUCAAAGUGAAAUUGUAGGAAUCAAGGACCAGAUGUCGUCGAGUUUGCAAGCGACUUACAACCAAAAGAUAGAUUAUGUAUUUAAAAUAGUGUUAAUAGGGGACUCGGCGGUUGGUAAAUCGCAGCUAUUGGCUCGGUUCGCUAGAAAUGAAUUCAGUUUGGAUUCCAAAGCAACGAUCGGUGUUGAGUUCCAAACCAAAACCCUUGUUAUUGAUCACAAAACUGUCAAAGCUCAGAUUUGGGACACUGCUGGUCAAGAAAGGUAUCGGGCUGUGACCAGUGCAUAUUAUAGAGGUGCAGUGGGGGCAAUGUUGGUGUAUGACAUAACCAAACGUCAAUCGUUUGAUCAUGUGGCCAAGUGGUUGGAGGAAUUGCGGGAUCAUGCAGAUAAUAAUAUUGUUAUCAUGCUUAUAGGCAACAAAUCAGACCUGGGAACACUUCGAGCUGUACCUACUGAGGAUGCCAAAGAAUUUGCUCAGAAGGAAAACCUCUUUUUUAUGGAGACAUCAGCUCUAGAGGCCACUAAUGUUGAAUCAGCUUUCCUAUCAGUGCUGACCGAGAUUUAUCGAGUCAUCAGCAAGAAGGCCCUCAUAGCGAAUGAACAAGAAUCUGGGGGUAGCUCAUCACUUCUGAAGGGAACCAACAUUGUCGUUCCUGAACAAGAGCCAGUAUCUGGAGGAAGGAGUUUCAGUUGUUGCGGGACAUCAUAGGAUAAUUCCCUUUUGUGUUAUACCAUACAGCUUUUCCCUAUUUAUAGUUUCAAGUAAUUUUCUGUUUAUAGGUUCAUGUAAGGUUCGUAUUUUUACUUGUUUAAAAUGACUAACGUUUCUCAUCAUUUGGCAGCAAAUCAUUGUGCUGCGCCUUCGGAAUUUUGUAUAUCAAGUAAUUCACACACGGAGAUUUCCAGUUUGUGUA